CUAACACACAACCAACAACAACAACAAAAUGCCUGCUCCAUCGACCGCCGAACUCGUUGCUCGCGCCAAAGCGCUCUUUGCUGCCAGCUUCCCCGGCGAGACGCCCACGAUUGCCGUCGCUGCGCCCGGUCGCAUCAACAUCAUUGGCGAGCACGUCGACUACUCUGGCGGCUUUGUCUUCCCAAUGGCCAUUGAGCGCGAGACCGUGAUCGUCGGUCAGCCGCUGGUUGGCGGAGCAUCCUCGCCGGUUGCCAUUGUUGCGACGGACUCGGACGCCGUCUCUGCCGACACUCGCAUUGUCGAGUUCAGUCUGACGGGCCUGGCGCGCGGCCAGCCAAAGUGGGCCAACUACGUCAAGGGCGUCAUUGCAAACUUUAACUUCCCGGCAGGCGCUCCAGUGUCCUUCCGCGCGGCAAUCUGCUCGUCCGUGCCGCUGGGCGCUGGGCUGUCCAGCUCGGCUGCGCUGGAGGUCGCGACAUACACCUUCCUCGAGGCCCUGACGAACAACGGCAAGGCGCGCGACGAGAGCACCUUUGUCGAGAAGGCCAAGGCCUGUCAGAAGGCCGAGCACGAUUUCGCCAACGUCCCGUGCGGCAUCAUGGACCAGUUCAUCUCGGCACUCGGCCACAAGGACCACGCCCUGCUCAUUGACUGCAAGGACAACACUGCGCGCCAAAUCCCGCUCACCAACCACAACGUGCAGAUCCUCGUCACCGACACCCAUGUCAAGCACUCCCUCGACGGCUCAGAGUACGCCACCCGUCGCGCACAGUGCGAGACUGCCCUGGCUGCCAUCCAGGCCCAGUUUGCAGGCGUCCCGUUCCUUGGCGUUGCCACCAUGGACCAGCUGAAUGCUGUCAAGGACAAGAUCGAUCCCGUCGUUUAUCGUCGCGCUCACCACGCCAUCGCUGAAUGCAAGCGCACUCUCGACGCUGCUGAUGCCUUCACUGCCAACAACUAUGAACUUGCUGGCAAGCUGAUGGUUGAGAGCCACAAUUCCCUUCGUGACGAUUAUGAGGUGAGCUGCCCCGAGUUGGACACGCUCGUCAAGCUCGCGAUGGAGUGCAAGGGCGUGUACGGCGCGCGCAUGACUGGCGGUGGCUUUGGCGGCUGCACGGUGACGCUGCUCGAAACGAGCGCUGUCGACUCGGUCAUUGCCCAUCUGAAGCAGGGUUACCCCAAGGCCGAAUCGUUCUCCACGGGUCCUGCUGCCGGCGCUCGUGUGGUUUCGCUGUAAAAAAAGAGAUGGGUCUGCAUUUGGCAGCUCACGAAACAGGCUGCACAUUCUUAUUGGGAGCAGUCGAAACGCGUUUGAUGCUGACGCUGGUCAAUAAAAAGGUCAUUACCAUGCUGGCAACACCACCGCCACCACCAACAAUAACAAAACAAGU